GCUCAUAUCCCUAGCUGGCGGCACAAUCAUUUGCGACGGGCGCGCUAUGUCCACUCCGCCGGCAGAUGGGUGUAACGGCGGUGCGAUCACUGACCCUAAGCACCCCACCAACGGAACCCUAACUGUCAAGAAGCCCCCCGCCAAGGACCGCCACAGCAAGGUCGACGGCCGCGGUAGGCGCAUACGCAUGCCGAUUGUCUGCGCCGCCAGGGUUUUUCAGCUCACCAGGGAGCUCGGCCACAAGUCCGAUGGCCAGACGAUUGAGUGGCUCCUCCGCCAGGCCGAGCCGUCUAUUAUUGCUGCCACCGGCACCGGCACGAUCCCUGCCAGCUUCUCCACCGUCUCCGUCUCCGUCAGGAACUCCUCCUCCAACUGCCCCUCCAUCUCCGCGCCCCUGGAUCAGAAACCGUCCCAGCCUCUGACCCCCUUCAUCCUCGGGAAGCGCCUCCGCUCGGACGAGGACGAUGGCCUGGACGGAGGGGGCGGGAGCAAGGAAGAUGCCUCGGGCAACGCCGCCGUGGUGGGUCCGGCAGCGGGAUUCUGGGCCUUCCCGUCCAGGCCGGAAUUCGGGCAAGUGUGGAGCUUCGCGGCUCCCCACGAGAUGACGGUAUCUGCUCAGCAGUUAAACUCUCAUCAUCAAGCCCGGUUUCUACAGCAGCAGAUGGGGGAAGCGUCGGCGGCUAGGGUUGGGAAUUACCUGCCCAUAGCACAGGGCCACCUCAAUCUACUAGCCUCCCUAUCUGGUCCUCCUCCUCCUUCUUCUGGCCAAAGAGACGACGAAGGACGUUGAAGCUUAGCCAUUUUUACUAUCAUCAUCAUCAUCAUCCAUGGCUGCCCUUUUAUUUAUUGUCAAUACAUCAUCAUCGUCAUCAUCAUCACAUAAUAUAUAUAUAUUGUAUAAGUGUGCCGUUUAUUUGUUGCUGUUUCUGCUGCCAGUGUUGUGUAGAUGAGAAAUUGUCUCUUAAUUCCUUUUGGUGUUUAGGGAGUCAAGGAUAAACUUAGGGUUUGGGUUACGCAUUGGUCAGAAAUUGCAUUGUUUUUCUUUAUAUAUAUUUUAAAUUUGAUCUCUCCGGUGUUUGGGGACGAAUUGGUGGCGCGGGGAACUCCCGUCACAUCCUCAAUAAUAAUAAAUUGUUCUUCAUUCACACCAUGGACUAUCCUCCAUGAAUGAUUUGUAACGAAUCCGGGCAGGUUUCUGAUCCAUUGAUUUGUGUAAUCUGUCGUUGGAAGACACCAUCUUUGCAAAAUGUUUCAUUUCAUCUCCUUAUGUGAAUGGAUGCAAUAAUUUGUUCCAUGAAAU